CAAGAGAAGCGCACGAUGCCGAUUGAUUUUUACUACCUUCCGCCCAGUCCACCGUGCAGGUCGGUUUUGUUAGUGGCAAAAGCGAUCGGUGUUCACUUGAACAUGAAGACAGUCAACGUGAUGAAGGGAGAACAGAUGAAUCCGGAUUUUUUGAAGUUAAAUCCACAGCAUGUAAUACCAACAAUAGAUGACAACGGAUUCGUUUUGUGCGAAAGCCGGCCAAUUAUGGGAUAUUUAGUGAACAAGUACGCGAAAAACGACUCUUUGUAUCCAAAGGACCCGAAAAAAAGAGGCUUGGUAAAUGAGAGAUUGUACUUCGAUGUUGGUUGUCUUUACGAGAACACGCUUCAAUGCUAUCUUCCAGUUAUAUUUGGGAAAGCAAAUUCAAUACGCGAGGAAUAUCUGCAUGCUGUAGAGAAAGCAUGUGAAUUAUUAAACACAUUUUUGGAAGACAGCGAAUUCGUAGCCGGAAAUACUCUGACCAUCGCUGACUUCACUAUCAGUACGACUAUUUGCGUUUUAGAAGUAAAAUUUAAAAUGCCGAUCGAUUUUUAUCAACUUCCCGGAAGCGCUCCGUGCCGCGCUGUUGCGUUAACGGCUGCAGCGAUUGGAGUGCCACUCAACUACAAAGAAAUGGACCUGAUGAGCGGGCAACAUUUGAAACCAGAAUUUUUGAAAAUAAAUCCGCAACACACGAUUCCCACGAUCGACGACAAUGGCUUCAGCCUGUGGGAAAGUCGUGCAAUUAUGACAUACCUGGCGGAACAGUAUGGCAAGAACGACUCCCUGUACCCGAAGGACCCAAAGAAACGCGCUGUUGUUAAUCAGAGAUUGUAUUUCGACGCGUGCACGUUGUACAAAGCCCUCGCUGAUUAUUACUACCCCAUAUUGUUCGCCAAAACACCCAAGGAUCAAGAAAAAUACAAUGGUAUUGCCACGGCUCUAGGUUUUCUCGAAAAAUUCCUCGAAGGACAUGACUAUGUAGCAGGAAGCAACCUGACACUCGCUGAUUUGACUAUUGUUGCCACCGUUUCUACAUUCGAGGCUUUGAACUACGAUCUCAGUUCCUUCAAGAACAUUAACAGGUGGUAUGCGAAGAUGAAGUCCGAAGUGCCUAAAUACGAAGAGUGCAACAACAAAGGUGCGAAAAUAUUCAAAGCCAUGACGGAAGAACUGAUGAAGAAAUAAACAACGAAACGUUGCGUUGCAUUUGAUAUUCAAAAACUUCACAGAAAUUACGUUAACUUUAAUUACUAAUUAAUCUUACUCUUGUAAAAAAUAAUUUCAUACGAAUAAAGUGACAGUUCCGACUGUUCGUUAAGAAAAACUGAA